AGAAAAAGCUAACAUGGCGGAGAAUUAUAAACACUGGACGGUCCCGCGUCUAAAAUGCGAACUUUCCCAAAGAGGUGCUGUGAUCACUGGGAGAAAGAUUGAUUUAAUCGAAAGGCUUGAAGCAUACGACCGCAACAAGAAUUUUAGGCAAGACCCUAUCGUAAUACCCGAACCAGUAGAUGUGUUUUGGCCAACAUGUGGAUUCCAACAGUUAAGACAAGAACACAGACAAUUGCUACCCAAGUUAUCAACUACCCAGAUCGAGAAUUACUUUUUGUACAGAAUGGCAGAAGAUAAACAAAUGACAUCUGAUAUCAAGGCCCUGGAGAAGGGAAAAGAUCUUCUGAAGGGUAACAGAAUCUUAGCCUGCAGUAUGUGUGUUUCCGGUGAUGUGUACCUGUCUGGGAUAGUUGGUGCAGCUAUGAAACAAAAGGUUUCAUAUAAUUUUAAAAUAAGGCUUGGAAGAACCCAUGGGGAACCCUUAAAUUCACAUUGUGAGUGCCCAGCUGGGAAAGGUCCACAUGGGACAUGCAAGCAUAUUGGAGCGGUUUUGUUGAUGGUGGCAGCAUUCAUCGAAAAGGGGGAGAUUUCUGUGAUGAAAGGCUGCACAGAAAAUUUACAAAAUUUCCAUGUGCCGAAGAAAAUGUAUGAAGGUAAGCCUCUUAUUGCGGACAAAAUCCCUUGGAAAAGGAAAAUCUCGGAGGACAUGCUUGAGGACCCAAGAAAAGAAAAGUACAAAAGAAAUUCCACUGGGUACUCAAGUUAUGUUUACAACUGCAUGGUGAACUAUUGUGCUGCCUCCUCCGUGGACAUAACUUUGAGAUAUUCAACACCUUCUACAAGUCUUCUGGUUGCAAGUAGAGAUCAUGAUUACCUUCAACUCCCCUUCACAGAAUAUAUUGUAGACAGAGCAUUGUGUGUAACUCCAGAAAAAGCAGAGACUAUAGAGAAAACUACAAGGCUACAAGCUAAAAGUAAACAAUGGUUUGAUGAGAGAAAGUGGAGGAUAACAGCAUCCAGAUUCGGAGACAUUGCAAAAAUGACUUGCCGCAGAGAUACACGGAAACUUUGUUCGAGUUUAUAUCAAAGAAAUUUAAUUUCUACUUCACCUAUCAUGCAUGGUAGACAAUAUGAAAACAAAGCUAUAUGUAGAUUUGAGGAGAUUUCUGGUCUCAAAGUUAAAAGAUGUGGACUAUUUGUAUCUACAGAUUUUCCAUUUCUUGGUGCAACACCAGAUGGGUUAAUAGACAAUGCUGCCAUUAUUGAAGUUAAAUGUCCUUAUACUGGUAGAAAUGAGGAAAUCAAACGUGGGAAGAAAUUCCCAUUCCUUGUUGAGAUAUCUGAUGGCACUGUUACACUUAAAAACUCUCAUAAAUACUAUGAUCAAGUGCAAGGCCAGCUUUUUCUUUCCAGAAGAAAAAUGUGUCAUUUUGUUGUGUUUACUUUCUGUGAUAUUUUGAUUCUGAAAAUUCAGUAUGAUGAUGAUUACUUCAGGUUCAGUUUGCUGCCAAAGUUGGAAAUGUUUUACAAGAAACACUUUAGACCUUAUGUUGCUUCUUGUUUGUAA